UCAGCACCGAGCGGGCGCUGCUUGAAACGUUUUGUGUGUUUGUGUGCCUAAAAAACUGCAGCAGAUUUGUAGAAAACGGAAGCGAAACCCCGCAAGGCCAUAGCUGAAGCAUUGCCAUUCACCAAAAAAACGCGAGCAUCGUAAUCGUGCGAUCAAGAGAGUAGCAAGUGAGGGUGAGAGUGAAAGAGAGGCGGAGAGUGCUCCACUGGCACAAGUGGUGUGUGCGUAAGCGCAAUGUCUGACGACGACAGCAGUACAAGCUCGCAACAGCGCGUACGAAGCUAUGAUGGCAGCCAACAGCAGCGCAUACGAAAUGUACUGACGCUGGAAGAACGGGUGGCGGCCAUAAAGCAGUACGACAUAAUACCCAUGUAUAGUAAAAUAGCCAAGAACUUCAACUGCAGCUGGGAGCAAAUUAAGGGCAUUGUCGCCAAUCGGGAGCCCAUUAUGGAGUUCUUUGAGGCAACGCGUCGCUCCAAACAGCCAUUGAGUGCCAAGGGCGAGGAGCUGCGCAAACGCAAACUCAACUUUUUGAACCGUUGCCUGUAUGAAUAUAUACAACGAGCCCAGUAUUAUUUGCACUCGGAAAUAAAUGAGGACUUGAUACGCACAAAGGCACUGGAGUUUCGGGAGCUGAUGCGAAUUGAAAACUUUGUGCCAAACAAGUCAUGGAUCAAUCAUUUCAAAGCGGAAUUCAACAUAACUUUGUCCAAUCGACAGAUAACUAUAACACGAAAACCCCCACGAUCGAUGGAUCUACGCGAUAUUAUGUCCUAUUGCGGCAGAAAUACGAAUAGCGAUCACAAGGCCGAGGAAACGAUUGAAGCUCCAUUGCAUGCCAAUAUACCUGGCGGACUAAAAAGUCCGGAAUCACCGCCAGCGACCUCAGCAACCACGCGAUCGCUCUAUCGUGCCAAAACCCAAGUAGAUAUAUCAUCUGCCAAUCAAGCCACACUCGAGGAGGUGCAGCAGCGUCGUAAGCGCAAAAUUAGCUUUCUCGAAAAAGCUCUCUAUGAGUAUAUACAACGUUCCCAGUUCCAUCAUAAGGGACGUCUCGACUUGGACAAUUUGCGAUCGGUCGCUAUCAGUUUACGUGACAUUCUAAAGAUCGAGAAUUUCUUUCCAGACAGAAUAUGGUUCAAUCAUUUUAAGAGCCACUACAAUUUCAACUUCUCACAGGGAGUUCCCGUAACGACUCGACGUGUGCCAUUGUCCCUAGACCUACGUGACAUUGUGAGUUACUGUGGUCGGCAUGAGCAGCGCGAUCAGCCCCUUGGGAACGUUACAUUAACUCCAAAGGAAGCAAACAAUCGUCUCGUUCACAUACCAUUCGUAGAACCCAAGCCAGAAUGCCAAGUCACUGUGAUAGAAGAAGAUGACGAUGAUUGCAUAGCCAUUGAGUCGCCCACAGAAUUGAUUGAAAUUAAAGAUGAUGAGGACGAGGAUCACAAUCACAAUCAUACACCAUCUAAGAGCGUUGCUCUGAAACGGGAGCAAGAGAAACAAUCUCAAUGUGAAACGCCCUCAAAAAUAAAAAAGCUUCCAAAUUCGUUCAAUGAGGAGGAUUACCUUGCACCUAGCCCUAAAAAUAGUUGUGAGAAGAGCGAGGAUGCUGAAUUCCCUCGCCAGGUGCGGAGCUAUGCGGACGCAAUACGCCUGCUAAGACCAAUAGAGGAUUUUGCCUUGAUGGAGGAAAAUUAUCGUGCCAUUGGUUUGUUGAUACAACUUGAAAAAAUGUUCGAGAGUGCGGCGCAAAAGAAGGCGUCCGUACCUUGAUGUUAAAAAUUGUGUACAGUGAAGAAAACGAUAAACCUAAUAUAAUAAAAAAUAUAUUUUUAAGGCCAAAAGAAAAACAAAAUAAUUUAAAGUCAGAAAUUUGUACAAACGCCAAUUGAAUAAGGUCUUGAAAUAAAAACUAUAAAACUGAUAUAGUUCUGUCUAAAAACCAGAUUUAAAUAAGAAUCAAGAUUGGCGAAGACUUGAAAAUUUACCCGUAUAUACGGAAGAUAUAUUUUCCUACUUACAUUUAUAGAGUAAUUUUGUGAUAUACCCUAUAUAUAAGAAUGAAUGUAACAUAUGUAUGUACGAGAAUAUAUGAAAAUCUA